AUGUCCGAAAGAAGAUUGAACGAUUUAGCCGAAUCUGAAACUGCGAAUUCGAUGUCAUUUGAUGUAAUGACCAAAAUUUUGGUUGAGAAUAAAUUCAGCAUAAGGCAAUCUCGGCCUUAUCAAUCAUCAAAGGCAGUCACGGCUUUAUCAUCAAAGGCAUUCACGGCCAUCACAUUGGCAGUACCGGCCACCAAGGCAGAAUCGGCCUUGAAAUAUGGCACAAACGGCUAUCGCAUCGGGCAGUGUCGGCCCACUAAGGCGUUAUCGGCUUGGAAAUAUGGCAGUAACGCCCAUCGCAUUGGGCAGUAUCGGCCCACCAAAGCAGUAUCUGUUUUGAAAUAUGGCAGUAACGGCCUACGCAUCGGACAAUAUCGAUCCACAAAGGCAGUAUCGGCCUUGCAAUAUGGCGGUAACGGCCAUCGUAUCGGAAAGUAUCGGUCCACAAAGGCAGUAUCGGCCUUGAAAUAUGGCAGUAACGGCCAUCGUAUUGGACAGUAUCGGUCCACAAAGGCAGUACUGGCCUUGAAAUAUGGCAGUACCAGGCAUCGUAUAGGACAGUAUCGGUCUGCAAAGGCAGUAUCAGCCUUGAAAUAUGGCAGUAACGGCCAUCGUAUCGGACAGUAUCGGUCCACAAAGGCAGUAUCGGCCUUGAAAUAUAGCAGUAAAGGCCAUCGCAUUGGACAGUAUCGAUCUACAAAGGUAGUAUCGGCCUUAAACUAUGAAACAAACGGGCAGUGUCGGCCCACCGAGGCAGAAUCGGCCUCAAACUUUGGAACAAACAAGCAGUUGGCCCACCGAGGCAGUAUCGGCCUGAUAUAUUACCCAUCUGGCGAGUUUGUCAGCUGCAACCAACAUGCAACUCCGUUUGCGCAAAUUUUCGUCUUCGUAAUGCUUCGUAUCGAUCAUUGUAUAAUAAAAAUGAGUAAAAAAGUACCGUUAACUGAAGAACAACUAUUAAAACUAAUUGAAGAUGGCCUAUCAGAUAUUAAAGGGCUUGGUGAUGACGAUUAUGAGUGGGGAGAUAGGAUCGUAGAAGUAAGCACUGAUGAUGAUGAUGAUGAAAAUAGAUGA